AUGGUCAAGUUCGCGGAGCGCCUCGAGGACGCGAAGCAGUCGGAGUGGGCGGCGUAUUACGUCGACUACGACCGGCUCAAGCUGCUCCUGCGACUCAUCGUGCGCGCCGCCGAGCGGCCGAAUGCCAACGCGCCCUGCGGCGCCAGCAAUUUCGACAUCGACGGCGGUUUCGGCCUGCUCGAGCCGACGCCGGUCCUUGCGCCCCACCUCGGAAGCGAGGCGCGGCGCCGGCUCUUCGCGGUCCUCGACUGCGACGCCGCGCCUCGGCUCCCGCGGCCCGCGAGCGCGACGGCGCUCGGUUCGCUCGGCGUCCUCGCGGGCUCCGCGCCGUCGCUGGCGCUGCUGCUCGCGGCGGGCGAGGAGGAGGACGGCGGCGCGUGCCACUGGACGCGCUGGCUCUUCUCGCCCGCGCCGGGCGACGCCUACGACGUCCUGGCCGCCGGCUUCGACGUCGCGUGCGUCGCCGAGCUGCGCAAGGUGCAGCGGCACUACACGCGCGAGCUCGCGCUCCUCGAGGAGCGCUGGGCCCACCACCUCCGCGAGCACGUCGCCGCGCCGCGGCGCGGCUCCCGCGGGUCCUACGCGGCCGUCGCGGCCGACGAGCCGGGCGGGCCGCGGCGCCGCGCGUCGACGGCCGACGCCGAGCCCACGGACCGCGCGUCGCGCGAGUCGCUGAAGCGGGCCCUGGCCCAGCUCGACUUCGACGCGCGGAAGCUCGUCGCGGGCGGCGUCCCGCGAUGUUUUGGGAAAAGGUGA